GCCCAUCAUCCUUCAUCUGGGUUUUUGACAGCUCCUCUCUCCUCCUCUGUCUGUUUCCCCUUUCCCCCCCUUCACAGCCUCUUGUUUCCCACAAUGCUCUGCGAACAACACCACCAAGAUGGCCGACGCUAUGGAGGAAUAUGAGAAAGAAGCUGGCUGCGUCCCUAUUCUCCAUCCCGAGGAAAUCAAGCCCCAGAGUCAUUACAACCACGGCUACACUGAGAACGUCAGCCGCAAAAACCAUGUGGAUGACUACAGCACCUGGGACAUUGUCAAAGCCACACAGUACGGCAUCUUCGAGCGCUGCAGGGAGUUGGUGGAGGCGGGCUUCGAUGUUCGGCAGCCCGACAAAGAAAACGUAACACUCCUCCACUGGGCUGCGAUCAACAACAGGAUAGAUUUGGUCAAGUACUACAUAUCAAAGGGAGCCAUAGUGGACCAGCUGGGAGGAGACCUCAACUCCACACCUCUGCACUGGGCCACCAGACAAGGCCAUCUAUCCAUGGUGGUGCAGCUCAUGAAAUACGGCGCGGACCCGUCUUUGAUCGAUGGCGAGGGCUGCAGCUGCGUUCACCUGGCCGCCCAGUUCGGCCACACCUCCAUCGUUGCCUACCUUAUCGCCAAGGGACAGGAUGUGGACAUGAUGGAUCAGAACGGCAUGACUCCUCUGAUGUGGGCGGCUUACAGGACACACAGUGUGGAUCCCACCCGGCUGCUACUGACCUUUAAUGUGUCUGUCAACCUGGGCGACAAAUAUCACAAGAACACAGCGCUGCACUGGGCCGUGCUGGCCGGCAACACCACAGUCAUCAGCCUGCUGCUGGACGCCAACGCUAACGUCGAUGCACAGAACAUCAAGGGUGAAACACCGCUAGAUCUCGCCAAGCAACGGAAGAACGUUUGGAUGAUCAAUCACUUACAGGAAGCACGGCAGGCCAAAGGCUACGACAGCCCUUCAUACCUGAAGAGACUGAAGAUGGACAAGGAGUUCAGGCAGAAGGUGAUGCUGGCAACACCCUUCCUAGUCAUCUGGCUCGUUGGCUUCAUCGCUGAUCUGGACAUCGACUCGUGGUUGAUCAAGGGCCUCAUGUAUGCCGGCGUCUGGAUCACCGUGCAGUUUCUCUCCAAGGCUUUCUUCGACCACUCCAUGCACAGCGCUCUCCCUCUGGGAAUCUAUCUGGCCACCAAGUUCUGGAUGUACGCCACCUGGUUCUACUGGUUCUGGAACGAUCUCCCCUUUGCCACUGUCCACAUGCCCUUCCUGAUCAACACGCUGGCUCUCUUCUACAACUUUGGCAAGUCCUGGAAGUCUGACCCAGGAAUUAUCAAAGCAUCAGAGGAGCAGAAGAAAAAGACAAUUGUGGAGCUGGCAGAGACGGGCAGUCUGGAUCUGAGCAUAUUCUGCAGCACCUGCUUGAUACGAAAGCCCGUCAGGUCCAAACACUGCGCCGUGUGCAACCGCUGCAUCGCCAAGUUUGACCACCACUGUCCCUGGGUGGGGAACUGUGUCGGAAGUGGGAAUCACCGCUACUUCAUGGGUUAUCUCUUCUUCCUGCUCUGCAUGAUCUGCUGGAUGAUCUACGGCUGCAUUUCCUACUGGAGGCUCCACUGUGCCACCAGUUAUGCCAAGGAUGGUUUCUGGCUCUAUCUGACCCAGAUCGCCUCCUGCUCCCCCUGGAUGUUCUGGAUGUUCCUCAACAGCAUCUUCCACUUCAUGUGGGUGGCCGUGCUCAUCAUGUGUCAGCUCUACCAGAUCGCUGCUCUGGGAAUCACCACCAACGAGAGGAUGAACGCUCGGAGAUACAAGCACUUUAAAGUCACAGCCACGUCCAUCGAAAGCCCCUUCAACCACGGCUGCUUCAGAAACCUCAUCGAUUUCUUUGAGAUCCGCUGC